CAUUUCAGCAAGACGCAGUCGAUCAGUUUGAUCAAUUCCGCUAGCUGCAGCCGUGAGCCGUCUCCUUCCAACGGUCGUGAGCUAUCUACGUCCGUACACUUCCGUACGUGCGCACAUUCCUUCACCAAUCCGCUCGUACGCUUAAGCUGAGCUAAGCUCGAAAACUCGCGAGCAAUGGCCGCCACUGGGUACUCCUCACGCAGAUCGUCCGCCAUGGUUUCGCGGUUGAGAGCGUCGGCAGAGGCGGCGGCGCAGGUGAUGGAGGGGAGGACGAGGCAGCAGCAGGCCUUGGUGGCGCGGCGGGUGGAGUACUACGACGAGGAGUCGGUGGCCGGGGAGGCCCGCUACGAUGUCUUCAUCAACCACCGCGGGGUGGACACCAAGCGCACGGUGGCGCGCCUGCUCUACGAGCGCCUCGCCCGGGACGGCGUCAACGGCUUCCUGGACAACAUGUCGAUGCGGCCCGGCGACCGGCUGGAGGACCGGAUCAGCGCCGGCAUCCGCGAGUGCAGCGUCGCCGUCGCCAUCUUCUCCCCGAGCUACUGCGACUCCGAGUACUGCCUCCGCGAGCUCGCCAUGAUCGUCGAGUCGCGCAAGGCCAUCAUCCCCAUCUUCUACAACAUCAAGCCAUCAGAACUCAUUCUCCCGCAGGCGCUCGCCGACUCCGACGUCUACCUCCCCCGCGACCUCGAGCGCUUCAGGUUCGCGCUACGUGAGGCCAAGAACACCGUCGGGAUCACCUACGACUCCGCCACAGGGGACAUGGCCGAGCUGGUGUCAGCGGCAGCCGAAGCGGUGUUCUACAACAUUGAAAAAAUGGAGAAGGUGCAGAGGAGAGAGAUGAUCGUUUCAAGGCUCUAAUUUUGAAUGGCAAAUCAACGGCUACUAUUCAGCGAAACGAACCGACUUAGGAACGCCAAAAUAAUCAGCGGGGACAGAUUAACAAAACAUUGACAUUGAGGAGAUUCUUUCUUUCAUUUGUUUAUUUUUCGUUUGAUUCUUUUUUUCUUGUAAAUUAAAGAUAGGAUCGGUGCAUGCGUUGAGCUGCCAAAGCUAUACGGCUGACCAUAUGCAGGAACCGGAGGUCAGAUUUUGCAAAUAAUGACUGCCAUUUGUUUGUACAUGUACUGCACAAAGUGAAAUAAAACU